CAUCUAAGACAAUUUUCUUACUUCAAGAUUUUCUACUUCUUUACAGUGAUGGGUCAAGAUUCUUCUUCCUUUUCUUGUGAAGAUUGGACUCGGCAAAAUAGACAAUUUAACUAUUUUUCCUAUGAAGAUCUCUCUAAUAUGUUGAGAGACAACCUUAGCCGUAAUCGAAAUUUCAUUCCAUUCGUCACAGACUUGGCUGAUCUCAAUAUUGUAGAAACUCUACGCGGAAAUCAAAUUUCUCAACAUGGAGGACGAGCAUUUAUAAUGCAACAACUUCAAGAAGCGAAUCGAAACCGUCAAAGCUUGUCACAAAAUCGAUUGACAUCAUGCACAUUGGAAGAAAUCGUUUAUUACCGAGCAAAAAACAACCAAAUUUACCCGCUCAUUCUAAGAGCACGCAUCACGCGAAACACCCAAGUUCGUCUUCCGAUGCCAUCAACUGUGGAGUUUCGCGAAUAUUUUGAGGCAUUUGGAUUUGUGCAAAAUAACAAUCUUCAGCGGGGACAUAUUUUGGCGGAUUCUCUGGGCGGACCGAACACAUAUUGGAACUUUUUUCCGCAAGCAGGAUCAAGUAACAUGGGAGGUGAGUGGCGACGAUUUGAAAGGGAAAUGGCAGAUUGGGUGAGAAAUUUCAGUGACGGCGAUUAUAUUGAAUGGCAUGCAUGGGUUGGACAUUCGUUUCCGGUGAGAGAUGAUGCGUUGGUUGGAGCAAUUAAUAUUGCCGUGAUAUGGAGAGCGAGAGAUGGCACAGUGAAACAAUGCAAACAAGUAAUUUUUAAAUUUCAACCUGAUCCGGAGCGAACUGAUUUUUGGCCAUCUGAUGAACUCUAAAACCGAGUCGCAUUUCUAAUAACUUGCACAUGAUCGCAAUAAUUUUUACUGAUAAGAAUACUGAUAAGAAUUUCAUUCAUAGAAUUUUCCAAUAUUUUUACGUAUAAUCUUUUUUAAUAGUAUUGAUUAAAUUUUUAUAUUCUUUGAUUUAUCAGCAGAUUAGUUUCCGUUAGAAAUUAUUUUAAAAGAAAUAUAAAAAAAAUAAAAAUUAAUAAAAUAUGUUUUAAACCCUUUUAUAGUACAUUU